CCGUUCACUUACACCUCCGUAGGCACGUUUAGACAACGGCACUACUCUUGCGUCACUUCUGGCUUGUCGGGGAUAGCUCGUCACGACUCACGACUCUCUCGAUGCUUCUUUGAUAUAGGCCCUUCGAUCGGCUCCGACUGAGGAGAUCACUGCCUUGGCCGACGUAGCAAAAGCGUAGCGAGCUCCCAGCCGUGUUCGAUGUCUUCACCCAAUUUUCCAAUGAUGAUGCGCUCCGAGUACUUUGUCCAGAAUGGCGAACACCGCCGAGAUGCUUCGCCUGAGACUGCUCCCCAAGAUGCCACACUACGAGAGGAUGUCAUCCGUGAUGGUACGGAUAUAUCUGAUUCGCAAACCAUAGAGAAAUGCCAGCCUAGCCUCCAGCAGGAUGCCAAAGAAGCCCUUGUCGUUGGCAUGAAGGCGGGACAGACGAAAGAUGGUAAAGACAGCCCACCGCAUCCUACGACAGUAGAAUUCACCGGGAACUUUCUUCCAAGGCCGACAGAAGCCAGUCACCUUGGUGCACUUGACCCCAGCAAAAUCUUUCGAGCGCCGCCGCCUACUUUCACUCCCAACCAGUUCUCGGGGCCGCAGGCCAAACCGUUCGUCCCCACCGAUGGUCAACUCGAAGCAAUGAUCUGUCCCUCAUCCUAUCGACCGGCCCUGCGUUUGUCUACAAGCAGCACACAGUCCAAUGCCUCGAACGCUGCCGUGGCCUGUCCAAGCAGAUCGACUACUGAUGACCAGGGACAACCUGUUCCUUCACCCAUCCGGAACACAAAUGCUGGAUCAGAUCCUGCCCCCUUAACCCUGGUAGUUGCCCGCUCGUCCAUGUCUCCAGAUGCAACUGCUAGGAGCGUCACCCAGCUUGAGACAAUAUCAGGGGCCAGGGUGGAAGAACCUCCAUUUCCAAGAACAGAAGCAACAUCCACCCGCCUAGAGUCGCCGACGAGAACUCACAAUCCAAACGCAGUCGUAGAGCAUAAAAGCCCAGCGACAAAAAGUCAUGCGAUGGCCCCGGCUCCACAGGGAAGUGUAUUGAUUGAUCAUCGCGCAAGAACAAACCCCCACAGUGGCUUGCAAGAACAUACAGACGGUCCUCGCCAUCGGAACCAACGGCCCUUGAGUCCUGUCCGCAAGUCUAAUGAGAAAGACCGCGAGCCGAAGCGUCAUCUUCCAGUUCGAGACCUAGAGGUACCGACCCAGCACCGCUCUCGUGGUAUUGGAGGUUCAAGAUUCUCGGCCACACUCGAUCACAGCAAUGAGCCCGUAUUGAGUUCUCAUGUUGUCCCGACCGGAAAUGCGUUCCGUCAGCACCAUGAGCUCGGCUCAUAUACAGAGCAGAGACAUGGGGCAGAACAGCACCCCCCCUUCCUGGACCUGUUGACCAUGCCAACUCCUCCCGCCCCGUAUGAUGGGGAAGAAACAGCUCAUGCGUCGGUGCAAGCGCGGCAUUCGAGUCGUUUCGCAAGAGAGAGGCAAUCAUCCAGCCCCGUCACGCGGCCAGGCUCGCAGGUCUCCAACACAUCCCGACGUCGGGGACCGUUAGUUAAGCAUGCAAACUCACGGAGGUCCAACCGAGGCCAACUACAGAAGACGUUAGAAUCUUGGCAAGCGAUGGUGAAUGAUUACGAAAAAGAGCGGACCGAGUUACUUCAGGCCAUUGAUCAGAGAGACGACGAGCUGACGAAGCAGGGCGAUCGCAUCGCUCGGGGAAAGCAUCAGCUGAAGGAGUGCUCGAACCAGCUCGAGUCACUGAGACGGGAAAACGGGGACCUCGUCCAACAGAACCAUGCAUUGCGUGAUCAAGCCAAAGAAGCCGUCAACGAUACGAACAAAGUCAAGCUUGAACUCGAGAGUGUGCACUCCCAGCUCGAGAAGCUUCGGGGAAGAUACAAUAGUCUCAAGGAGCACCUUAACAAAGCUAUUGCUGAGCAGCAACGGCUUUACCAAGAUCUACAAGCAAGCUAUACUAAGACAAAAGAGGAGAUGAGACUCUCACACCAAGAGUGCGAAUCCGAACAGUCUCGUACUCUCGCCAAGAUGGAGGCACUUCGAAAGGCGGUCCAGGAGGCAGCAGCCGCAAAACGUGCAGCAGCAGAGCAACAGAGAGAAGAGUGUGAGUUCAUGCCCAUCGAUUGAUUACACGGGCUAGCUUGCUGACUGUGACCAGCCAAUGCCAUCAUCGCCAACCUUCAGCAGAGACUCGCGGAAACCGAGAAGCAACUCGCGGCGGCCGUCGAGAAGACAGUAGAACUUGUCCAGGCACUCGAGGAUCGGGCGACGCAAGACGAUCAGUUACAAAAG